AGAUUGCUUCGUAGACUUUUCCUAAAAGCAUCUAUCAGUGUAUUUCGUGAUUGAACAUGUAAGUCGAGAGAAACGAUAUUGAAUAAAACUUAUUGUGAGUGAUAAAUUACAGAGUUGGAAAAUAUUCACAUAAAAAAAAAAUUUACGAGAGUUGCAAUUUUUACUAAACAGCUGGUAUCAGUGUGAUAUCAAUAUCAAUGUUGAAGUAUUAAUAUCGUAAUCGUAAAAAGUACUUGCAAACUUAUUUUCGAUAUUUUAAAGAAUCGAUUACGUGUUCUGUAUAUUUCUCAAUAAUACGAUAUGUCCACACGAUAUAUGAAAAAAGUUUACGGCAGUGAUGUGAUCCUUGACAAGGAUAACGAUGGUGCAAGUGACAUAGAAAUUUCAGUGACCAACGACACCAAGUCCAAGUCUUUUAACGUUUUUAAUGUAUUAAAUCAAAAUUCAGACAAUGACGAGCAAGAAAUCAGUGAUAAGCAAGAUGAGGAGGAUUUGGUUACAAACGACACAAAUUGCAACGACAUGAAACGUAAAAAAAAGAAGAAGAAGCGUAAGAAGUUGGAGAAUAUUAAAAGUCAACAGCAUCGUGAUACAGAAUGUAAUGAAAAUGUAGACGAAAUUGAAAGAAGCAUAUUGGAAGUGAACAAAUUACUUGGGGAACCAGUAGCAGGCUGCAGUAAUCAAGUUUUAGAACCGCAAUGGAUUAAUAAAAAAACUAAAGAAGACAUAUUAUCUGUACAGCACAAACACUUGAAUCCAUAUAACGAAUUGAAGAGAAUUUUUGGUAGUAAAACUGUACAAGCUGAACGAAGCAAAAGCAGAAACAGAGGUCGUACUGGACAUUUGAAAAAGACAUGGUUGGUUUGCCCGCGGGAUAAUUGGCCACCGAUUGGUAAAUCUGGAUUAUCGAUGUCUUUAGAUAACAGUAUGGAGACUGCAGGGAAUGUACAGUAUUUUGUAUUUGAACAUAGCUCUUCGUACAAACAGACGCAAAUGAGAUUCUUGCAAGCUGUUGAAAGUUUAAAUCCAGAGAACAUAAUUAGCAUAAUAAAUAUACAUUCUUAUCAUGUGGAUGCUCUUCUGCAAGUAGCAGAGCUCUGUAAAUUAAGCGAAGAUUUACCAAUGGCAGCACAAUUUGUUGAGCGGGCUCUUUACUGCUUAGAAUGUGCAUUUCAUCCUUCCUUUAAUGUAACAACUGCUCAAUGUAGGCUAGAUUACAGGAAACAACAAAAUCGUGCAUUGUUCAUAACACUUUUUAAACAUCUUGGAUUUGUUGGAGGACGGGCUUGUUAUAGAACAAGCUUGGAAUUUUGUAAAUUGCUUCUGUCAUUGGAUCCUGAUGGUGAUCCACUAGCGAUGGUCUUAGCCAUUGAUUUCUAUGCUUUAAGAUCUAAAGAAUACGAAUGGUUUAUAGAAUUUUGUGAUCUUUGGGAGAGUGCUAGAAAUCUAACUCAAUUGCCAAACAUAGCUUAUAGUUUGGCCUUGGCUCACUUCCGUUUGGGAAAUAAGUCUGAUGCUGAUACGCUUCUGCAAAAUGCUCUUAUCAUGUUUCCAGGUGUAUUAAUGCUAUUAAUUGAGAAAUGUAGCAUACAAAGCGACGUUAAGGUAAUGGGUCAUGAAUUCUUCAACUCCAAAGCACAAGCUAGUACAUCACCAGCUUUAGAGAAACUGCAAAAUUUAUACGUGGUGCGUUGCUUCCACGUAUGGAAGGAGGCAGAUAUUUUACCAUGGUUGGAAAAAUGUGUGCACGCUGUGCUGAAACGUAUUGAGGCUAAAGAUGAUUAUGUCAAGUAUUGUCAACUAAUGCGUAGCAAACGCUAUCAAGGAAGGCUACCAAAAAAUAUUUUGAGACACAUCAUAUUAGCAGACAUGAAAGAAGUUAUAAUUAACGUUCAAGAAAUCCAGAAUGAAGGUCCUGUGUUGUCACAUGAUCCAUUACCGCCGAUAGACACUAUCGAUAUCUAUAAGAGGCCUACGGCAAAUGAUAGACUAGCUGAAAGAAAUUCAAACGUCUUUUCUCUCUUCUUCACUUCACUAUUCACGGAUAUCAAUGGCGAAGUAACAGCUGCUGCUUUAAACGGUUUAAAUUUAUUCGAGGAAAAUGAUGACAAUGCAUAAUAUUUUCUAAACACGUGGAACUUAAUAAUAACACAAACUAUACAAUAAAUUGUUCCGUUUUAAAUAGUGUAUAAAUGCAUGUAAGAAUACGAAUACAUAAUUAGUAAAUAAUAGUACAAUCAAAAAAUUUCGAGUAUAAAGAAACAAAGUUGCAAUUUUGUUAGUUUCUCCAAUCAAUAAAAAAAUUUUUUAUUUCCUUUUUUUUGAAUAUAUGUAUGUAUAAUGCUACAUUAUCAUGAAGCAUUCAAUAAUAAAUGAUUAUUACAAAUCUGUUAUGUACGCGUCUUCUGAACAUUUGUAAAUAUGAUAAAUAUAUCUAUAUAUUUUGCAGUAAAUAAAAUAUAAAAUAAAUUCUAUAUGCGUCUCAUGUACAUUGUAUACAUGUAUCUACCGUACAUUAUAAACAAUCAUUGUAUUAAAUAUAAGAAAAACAAGAAUAAACAUUAUCAUAUUAA